AUGGCCACCGCGGGAAUCAAACCACCCACCAUGCGCGCUGUCCAGUACAGCUGCUACGGUGGCGGCGGGGCGUCUCUGAAGUUUGUGGAUAUCCCCGUGCCGUCACUGAAGAAGGAUCAAGUUCUUAUAAAAGUAGAAGCGGCAAGCCUGAAUCCGGCGGAUUCUAAGGUUCAGCGAGGGCUGUUGCGUCCUUUUGUCCCAAGAUUUCCAUUUAUUCCAGUUACUGAUGUAGCUGGAGAGAUCGCGGAGGUCGGCUCUGCAGUAAGCGAGUUCAAAGUUGGUGAUAAAGUUGUGGCUGCACUGAAAUUCUGGAAAGCUGGUGGACUCGCCGAGUAUGUAGCAGCAUCCGUGAGCCUCACCGUGCUACGCCCGGACGGCGUGUCAGCCGCCGAAGCCGCCGGGCUGCCCAUGGCUGGUCUCACGGCUCUCCAGGCCCUGAAAGUGAUUGGGACACAGUUCAACGGCACGGGCAUCGGCAGCAACAUCCUGAUCACGGCGGCGUCCGGUGGCACCGGCACUUACGCCGUCCAGCUCGCCAAGCUCGGGAACCACCACGUCACGGCCACCUGCGGCGCGCGCAACGUGGAGCUCGUCGCGAGCAUCGGCGCCGACGAGGUGCUCGACUACAAGACCCCCGAAGGCGCCGCACUAAAGAACUCAUCCGGCAAGAAGUAUGACUACAUCGUCAACGGCACGAAAGACGGCAAGUGGUCGGCGUUCAAGCCUAGCCUCAGCAGCCAUGGCAAAGUCGUGGACUUGGCUCCCAACUUUGGAAACGUUAUUGCGUGGAUUCUGACGAAGUUCACCAAGAAGAAAAUGUCCGUUUUCCUGAUGUCUCUGACGAUGGGGGAACUGAGGUUUCUGCUUGAGCUGGUGAAGGAAGGGAAGCUCAAGACGGUGUUCGACUCACGGCAUCCAUUCGAGAAGGCGGCGGACGCGUGGGACAAGUGCUUGAGCGGCCACGCGACGGGGAAGGUUAUAGUUGAGAUUUGA